CCACUACUACUAUCAUCAAUAAAAACAACAAUGUUAAGAGCCAGAUCUAGUAUUGCCAGACAGUUCGUGCGUAACUUGUCGCACAAGGAGUUAAAGUUCGGUGUUGAAGGUAGAGCUGCCCUUUUAAAGGGUGUUAAUACCUUAGCUGAUGCCGUUAGUGUAACUUUAGGACCAAAGGGUCGUAAUGUUCUUAUUGAACAAUCAUUUGGUCCACCAAAAAUCACUAAGGAUGGUGUUACUGUAGCCAGAUCAAUUGUUUUACAAGAUAAAUUUGAAGAUAUGGGAGCCAAAUUAUUACAAGAAGUUGCCUCUAAAACUAAUGAAAGUGCUGGUGAUGGUACUACUAGUGCUACUGUUUUAGGUAGAUCAAUUUUUACUGAAUCUGUUAAGAAUGUAGCUGCUGGUUGUAACCCAAUGGAUUUAAGAAGAGGUACUCAAGCUGCUGUCGAAGCUGUUGUUAACUUCUUACAAGCUAACAAGAAAGAAAUCACUACUUCUGAAGAAAUUGCUCAAGUUGCCACUAUCUCCGCCAAUGGUGAUGCUCAUAUCGGUAACCUUUUAGCUUCAGCUAUGGAAAAAGUCGGUAAGGAAGGUGUUAUUACUGUUAAGGAAGGUAAAACCUUAGAAGAUGAAUUAGAAGUCACUGAAGGUAUGAGAUUUGAUCGUGGUUUCAUUUCUCCUUACUUUAUCACUAACACCAAAUCUGGUAAGGUUGAAUUUGAAAAUCCUUUAAUCUUAUUAAGUGAAAAGAAAAUUAGUUCUAUUCAAGAUAUCUUACCUUCUUUAGAAUUAUCUAAUCAAACUAGAAGACCAUUGUUGAUUAUUGCUGAAGAUAUCGAUGGUGAAGCUUUAGCUGCUUGUAUCUUAAAUAAAUUAAGAGGUCAAGUUCAAGUCUGUGCUGUUAAAGCUCCAGGAUUUGGUGAUAAUAGAAAGAAUACUUUAGGUGAUAUUGCUAUCUUAUCUGGUGGUACUGUUUUCACUGAAGAAUUAGAUAUUAAACCUGAAAAUGCUACUGUUGAUUUAUUAGGUUCUGCUGGUUCUAUCACUAUUACUAAAGAAGAUACUGUUAUUCUUAAUGGUGAAGGUCAAAAGGAAAACAUCAAUUUAAGAUGUGAACAAAUUAGAACUUCUAUUGAUGAUGCCUUAACCACUGAAUAUGAAAAGGAAAAAUUACAAGAAAGAUUAGCUAAAUUAUCAGGAGGUGUUGCUGUCAUUAAGGUUGGUGGAUCAUCUGAAGUUGAAGUUGGUGAAAAGAAGGAUAGAUAUGAUGAUGCACUUAAUGCUACUAGAGCUGCUGUUCAAGAAGGUAUCUUACCUGGUGGAGGUACUGCUUUAAUUAAAGCUUCUAGAAUUUUAGAUGAAGUUAAGGAUAAAGCUGAAAACUUUGAUCAAAAAUUAGGGGUUGAAAUCAUUAAAUCUGCCAUCACUAAACCUGCUAGAAGAAUUAUUGAAAAUGCCGGAGAAGAAGGUGCAGUUAUUGUUGGAAAGAUCUAUGAUAACUCUGAAUUCAACCACGGUUACGAUUCUGCCAAGGGUCAAUUCACUGAUAUGAUUGCUGCUGGUAUUAUUGAUCCAUUCAAAGUUGUUAAGAAUGGAUUAGUUGAUGCUAGUGGUGUAGCUUCCUUAUUGGCCACUACUGAAUGUACUGUAGUGGAUGCUCCUGAACCAAAGGGUGCUCCAGCUGCUCCAGCUCCUGGUAUGGGAGGUAUGGGCGGAAUGGGAGGAAUGUUCUAAGUACAUUAAACAUUGACUCUCUCUCACUAGCACACUCCCCCUCUCUCUAACCUCUGUAAAUAGCUUACUGAAUAUACACUGUGUCUAGUUAUAACUUGUGCUACCGUAGCAUAC